AUGGGUCCUCCCAAAGAACCUCCCCGGCCGUUGCUCCCUGAAGCAUCCACUGCGUCUAGUGCGUUGAGUACGUCGAGUAAUGCGACUAGUUAUGCAUCGACUGAGCACUCUCAGUCAUUUGAAGCUGAUGCUGAGGCUGAUAUCAUUAUGACUGGCAUAAAAUCGCCUAUUCCCACCAUCAGCACUCUUCCCAGCGCCGCAGUACCUCCUCGAUUGUUCUCUGAAGCAUCCACUGCGUCAAAUGCGUCAAAUGCGUCAAAAUUACCACCUCCUGUUUUCGGUACUCCUCCUAGAACCGCAGGAAGCUACCAGUUCUUAUUUUCUGAAGCCAGUGCGUCAAGUUCGUCGAUUAUUGCGGCUAGUCAUGCAUCGACUGAGCACUCUCCCCUAGAUGAAGCUUACACCCAUACUGAUCUCAUGGCUAUCCUAGAGUUGCGGAAUAUCUUCGAUGAAUCUGUGGAGCCCCUGUCCAAACUUUUGUCAAUCAGCUCUGUGGCAUCCACCAAUUCAAGCUUCGCGGAAACACAACAACUGGCGCAAGGAACAGAGCAACUAUUCCGGUUGAUAGGUGCUGGAACUUGUGGCAAGGUAUUCUCCCGUGACGGUUCAACUGACGUCUACAAACUUGCCAUUGACGACUCGGAUGAACUAUGGAACGAUUAUGGUAUGCACACCAAGGUCCUCGAGGCUUUUGCCCGACACCCGAGCAUGGUCUCGGAAGUACAUGUCCCGCAGGUCGACUUUUUUAUUAGUAUGGCCCAUGGCGGUGAUAUCUCAGCCGAAUGGUGGCAGACCCAUGGGCCUCUAUUCCCCCCAGACACAGCAAAUGUGCCUAACAAUGUGCUCAAGUCAGAGCGCAUUCUCCCGCUACCCUCAAAGAUUCGGGCAUGCCUUAUCAGGCAUUAUUGCCACCACUCCCUGCGUGAAGCUGCCUGGAGAUCGCCUGGAAACAAAGAUUGCCUUGUACGUCUCUAUCUUGGAAAGCGUCGGGAUAUCUCCCGCCGACCCCCUCGUAUGUUUAACUUGCGGAAUUACAACAUGCACCUCGACCAGAUGGAGGAGUUGAAACUUGACACCAGCACAUAUGCCAAGUACAUGGGUCGUGCUCUUGCCAUUAUGUACUGGGAGGCAGGUAUUGAUGGCAACGAUGUGGAAUUUGUCCUUGGGUCUGCCCCAACAUAUUCCGUAUCAUCCCCUCUGACUAGCACAGAGAUUGCCGACCUACCAAAAAAUUCGACGACCGUGCCGCUUGUGCGCAAAAUUUAUGACUUCCGCAAACGGUUCGUCUACCUUUGGAUACUUGAUUUCAACAAGUGCCGCACAAUCACCAUGGAUGAGGUUGGCGUUAAGCAGGCUGUCCGGGCCUUCUAUCGCAAUGACCCAUACUUUCCACGCCCGCUGACAAAGAAGGCUUCUGAUCAGCUACUUUGGGAUGAGCUCCGAGAUGCUUACCUGAGUGCAAGCAAAGUUUGCCUUAAGGGCAAGCCGGCCCUGCAGAAACUUCCCGACCUUUUCAUCGAAGAAGCUAUCAAGGAGCAGAAACUGAGAAUCGCAAGAAAGCUUCGUGCAGAGCUUUCUUUGGCAGACAGUUCAUUUGAGAAGACUCAAGUUUGA